GCCAGAUGUAUUUCUCUUUGCCCCCCUAAGGGUUAGAACCGUUAUCCUGUCACUCUAAGAAGGAAACCAGAGAGACAUUGAGCGAGACUGAGCAGAAAAGAGAAUUUGACAACAGGAUAACUUCGGUGGUAGGAAAUCGUAGUUGAGCUGGAACAAAAGGCUUUUUAUGUUUUAGGGAUACUGCUGGCAACAGAAGAGCAAGUUGGUUUUGACUGGAAUUACAGAUAAAGAGCCCUGAACUUUCUGAAGCUGAGAUGCAAAAACCCAAGGAUGUCAGCACACGCGGCACAUACGUGAGACCCUCUGUGCAGAUUAUGGGUGUGAGCGCCAGUGCAACAUCCCAGGCUGCCCCGCUUACACAACACGCUGAUCACCAAGGUAACGGCAUGGCUGAGGACAGGCACUCACUACAGUCACUGAGCAUUCGCAACAGCAAAGCUAAGUCCAUCAUCACAAACAAAGUGGCCCCUGUUGUCAUCACAUAUAACUGCAGGGAAGAGUUUCAGAUUCAUGACAAGAUCCAAUCUGCCAAUUACUCAUUGGGGAGGAUAUCUGACAUGUUGCCUGAGCACUACCUAGUGUUGGGGGAGUUUUUUAUGGUACAGGAUGUAUACAAUAGAGCUGAUGUCUUAAGUACUACAAAAAGCUGCGGGGCCCCCAACUUCCGCAAAGUGAAGGGAAACUACCCACUCUUUGGAAUGGGUCAACCAAGCCUCAGAGGUUUCAAACAGGUCCUCCAGAGAUUGCAGAAUGACAAGUAUGAGGAGGUCAUCUUCAUCUGUGUGAGGGAGGAGCCAGUAGUCUUCUUUCAUUUAGAUAAAGACUUCAUUCCAUACUCUCCCAGAAGAAGAGAAAACCUCCAUGAGAACCUGCACAACCUGGACAAGGGGCUUAGUGCAGUACAAAUGGAGCUCUCCAUCCAGAAAGAGUUGUGUGACUUGGCCAAACUGAGUGAAAAUAUGCUCUUUGUCUAUAAUGACAUUGAGCACUUCAAAGAUGAACCUCAGCGUAUUCAAAUUCUGUCAGAGGAGGACAUUUACACCACUGAGGAGGUCUACAAAAGACCACUUUUCAGUCAACCAUUGCACAGAUAUUACAGGCUACCACUCUCUAUGGAAGGAGCACCACUGGAGGAGAUAUUUGAUGAGUUUGUUAAGAUACUCAGGGAGAACGUGAACCUCUCCAUGAUGAGGGAUACCUCCAGACCUCUGCCUGCACUGCUCUUCAGCUGCCAAGUGGGGGUGGGACGUACCAAUUUUGGCUUAAUCCUGGGUGCCCUAGUCUUACAUCACCUGCAGGGGGCAUCACAAAACCCCAGGAGUGAGGAAGUACAGAACAGUGAACACAAAUUGGAUUUCAAAGUGAUUCAGUUGCUAAUCAGUCGCCUACCGAAAGGUCAACAGGUCCUCAAAGAGGUUGAUGAUGCCAUUGCCAUGUGUUCAGAGAUGCAUAACAUAAAAGAUGCUGUGUAUGAAAACAAACUAAAGCUGGAAGGCAUUGGGGAAGAUUACCAGAUUCAAGAAAGCAGCACAAAGGGGUAUUUCCUGCAACAAACACUGCAGAGUCUUGAGCGUUACCUUUACCUGAUAGUAUUCAAUGCUUAUCUUCACGAUCAGUUUCCACAAGCAUUUCCCCAGAGCUUCAGUGAGUGGAUGUGUAUGAAUGCUUGGAUCUACAGACAGUUGGCCAACGUGAAUAGUUUGGAGUUCUCGGCACCAGCCAGCCUUAUAACUGAUGGGAUCAGAGUGUUGGUAUCCAGCGAGUUUUUAGUAACAGAUCUUCUCAGUACAGCCAAGGAGAUGAAAGUGGCCAAUUUCAGACGCGUUUCCAAAAUGGCUCUGUAUGGAACAGGCCAGCCAUGCUCUGAGGCGCUUUCUGUCGUGCUGUCCUACCUGACGGACCACAGGCGUGGGCAUUCCGGUAUUCUCUGGAUUAAUUUACAAGAGGAGCUAGCUUUGGAGGGGAAUGGACAAAUGUUCACACCGCGAGAGCCAGGCUAUUUGGAACAGCCCAUUUCGGUGUGGGUUCAACACCCACGUCAGCUUCAGGAACUGGAGCUGGAGCUGAAAGAGAACAUCUUGAGGUCUGAGAAGUGGCUGGAGGUGAUUACAGAGCAAGAAAAACAGAUGAGGAUGCUGAGCAGUUGUCACACUGUAGAAGAGCUCUUUAUCCAUCAGAAAAGCAUCUAUCCAGGUCUCACCUACCAGCGGAUACCUCUAUCUGAAUGCUGUGCACCUAAAGAAGAGGUGUUUGAUCAGUUGUUGGAGGCCAUGAAAAGCAGUCUGGCUCAUGACCCCUGCUGUACUUUUGUCUUCAACUGUCUUGAUGGGAAAGACAGAACUACCGCUGCCAUGGUCAUUGCCACGCUCACCCUGUGGCACGUCAAUGGCUUUCCAGAGUGUGAAGACGAAGAGAUUGUCAGUGUCCCAGAUGCUAAGUACACCAAAGGAGAAUUUGAGGUGGUGAUGCAGGUCGUGAGGCUCUUACCUAAUGGCCAUCAUGUAAAGAGAGAAGUGGACACUGCUCUGGAUAUUGUUAGCGAGACAAUGACCCCUAUGCAUUACCAUUUACGGGAAAUCAUCAUAUCCACUUACAGACAGAUUAAGACUGCAAAAUCAGAGGCUGAUGCUCAUUGGCUGCGGUUAAGAAGUCUGCAGUACCUCGAGCGCUACAUUUAUCUCAUCUUGUUCAACUGCUACCUCCAUCUAGAGAAGAAAGACUCCUGGAGGCGAUCCUUCAGUCAGUGGAUGCAUCAGGUGGCAGCUAAAGCUGGCAUCUAUGCCAUUCUUAACCACCUGGGCUUUUCUGAGUUCGAGAACCCUGAAGACUCUCUGAUGGCGAGGCUGCGUUUCCGCUGGCUCCCACACACUGUCCAGUCCAUUCCCAUGAGAGGGGAACUUAUUUAGAAAGACACAGUGGGCCACGCUAACUACAUAUUGAGUCACAUUUCUUACAUAAUUUUUUCCAAUAAGCAUUUUCAUUCUAUUUUUUACUGUGUUGAUGGAUUUGUUUGCUGUCAAAAUAGAGAAGCACAACCUAAUACAUAAAGAAGUCUCUGCAAAAUAAAUUUACAUCUGAUCUACUGUUGCUGAUUCAGUGAAAAGUCAUGUGCCUUGGAGAAGCUGUACCUCAUAUACAUCAUAAUGCACCGUCUGCAACAUCCUAGUGUUCUUUAUUUGUUCAGAACCCUUGUGUUAUGUUUGUUGGCAAUAUUGUAGCACAUCUGACUGAGGCUGACGGUUUCAAGCCAAACGUAAAAAUUCACAGCAGCUUCAAUUUAUAUUCUAAGGUUAUUUUAAACUUUUAAAUGGUCAAAUAUUUAUUUAUUUAUUGCUAGCAUUCCAUAAACUGGAGGGCACCAACAAUUUCCUACAGUCUCUGCUACAUCUUACAUCAGCCCUAUGCAUUUUGGGGUUUGGUUGUCAACCAGUGAAAGUUGAUGUGAAAUUAAUUCCCUGAAAAUGUUAAUGUUGUUAAAAUAAGCUCCACUAUCUACUAUGGACACUUUAAAUGACUAGGGUGCAGUGUUACUUGUGUCUAUGUAUGUCAUAACACAGAAGGAAACAUAAAAGUUUUAUUGACAGGGGUUGUCAGAAUAGGCACCAAAGCUAUUGGAGUUCUUCCCAUUGUCAAGAUAAGCAUCAAUGCUGUAUGUUUCAUAUUUCCUGUUCUGUUUAUUUGCAGGUUACAAAUAAUCACAGGGUACAGUUAUUUUCUUGGUGCUCCAUGAACUAUUAUAAUAAACAUGUGGCCCUCCGGCCAUAUUUGAGUUUGAGAGAUACAUAGCCAUUAAAAAUAUCAACUCGAGACCCCUUAGGAAAAUGCUUGGCAUUUUUUGUGUUUAGGGCAGUGUGUUUGUUUCAUAAUUUAUAUUAUCAGCAUAACCGUUUUAGUGAAAAGUAGAACAACUAAUUUUGUGUCCUAUUGGCAGCAUGCUCUUAUGUUGGCAUGGACUUUUGUAUAAAACCUGGUACAAAAUCCUGAAUUAGUUACAAGCUCCAGUAAUUUAGAAAGACCUAAUGGCUGUAAAAGAGACCAUCUUUGAAGAUGUCAGUGGCUAUUUAUUUAUUCAAAAGUAAUAAUAUCAUCAUAACAUCAUAAGCAAACCAGACUAUAAUAAAAUACUUUUGUAAUUUGUGUGUUAUCUGGGAUGAAAUAAUACAGUAUGUUCCUUUGAGCUUCAGUUCUUUAGGAUGAUUGAAACUAAUGAGAGAAUUUUGUCAGAUGAAUCAUUUCUUUUUGUGCUCUCUCCUCUGUAGUCUACUAUAAACAACUAUUUCUUUUGUAUGAUUUAAUUUCAUCGUGCUGAUUAUAGGUAACGACGGCAGAACAGUAAUGAUCUUCAACAGUGUUAAACAAUGAAAAGCUCUUCUGAACUGAAGCCCACAGAAUGUGAACUUUGAUCUCAGAUUUGCUCAAAGGCAUAAUACAAUGCAAUCACUGAUACAUGUACAACUUCACUGUUACAGCAAAUUAUAUGAAUUGAUAAAAUGAAUCUAUGAGCAGAGCACUGCUUUAUUAUUUGUUUAUUUUCUUGUAGCUCCAUUGUGGAUUAGUCACAUUGCAGCUGCCAGCAAUGUUAUGAUUCCCAUUAUCCUUAGAGAGCACAGCAGUCCCUUCAGUUUCAAACACCUUCUCAUUAGUGACAGUUUGUUGAUAUAGGCUUGAAUAGUUGCCUGAGGUAAGUUGCUCAUUAAUUUAUCUGUUUACAUUCAAUAAAAGCAGUAGCUUUAAUGCUUAUUUAUAACACACUCUUACAGUUUUAGAAAAUGUCUCCAAACUGUGCUGGUAAAUCCAAUAAAUAACCUAGACAG